CUAAAAUGAGCGUGAUAUGAAUCAGGUAUGUUUCUCAGCAGGAGCAGAGGUAGAUAAAGAUUUGGACUUACUCUCCGAUAUAGUCUUAAGUCGCAGAUGUUGACGAUUGGAUUAUAGUCAGAUGAUGGUCUUCCUUGUGUGUGCCAGUUCUUGUUUAAAUUAAUACCAAGAGAUGGAAGAAACUGAAAUCCGAAACUUUCUCGUCGCUUCGGGCGUUGAGGACGACAGUAUCGAUUAUGUCAUGGGCAUGCUGCAGGAAGAGAUGCCGAAGUCACUGGAAGAGGUUGCUGAUCUUGUCGGCUCAUUUCUGGACGACGACGAAGUCAGAAUAUCAAAACUCUGGACUAUCAUAGGAGCCCAUAGAAAUAACUCAGCUUGUGGCCCCGGUGGUGCAGCGACCUCUCCGUCACAGACUUCGCCAGCCGAUAAAGAUUCCGCCUUGCCAACGGCGGACGCAGCUCUACUGAAUUCAAUGAGUGCAACAGAGAUGCGUGUGCUGGCAGGUAAGAGCCUUGGUGAGCUACUGAAUGACAAGAACUGUUCCGGCGACGGAACUACAGAAAAAGGAAACGAAAGCACUCACUUGGUGGAAAUAUCCGAUGACUACCGGCGAAGGAUGCGCAAGAAGAUGCGGCCAAAACCUGUUCCUUCAGGUGUAUCCAACGCUGAAGCCAAACACUUCCGGUCCGCGUGGGUGUCACGCUAUUUUUUGAAGUUGUGGUAUCAGCAACGAAUAACUGAUGAAAUGGAUAAACAUGAAUUCGUUGAUGCCUGAAGACGAGGCUCUGAUAACUUGUGUUUAUGUUUAUGAUACUACGGUAGUAAAUGUUCACUGAAAUUAAUUAUAAUAUAUAAAUGAUCCUCGACUGAGGAACUCUUCCCCCUACACUCCUGAUCUUGUUCCUCUAUUCAAUAAGUUUGGGUGUGCUAAGCGCAAC